CACCAUUAAUAAGGCAGAGACACAAGCUAUAGAUGCUCGCAGUAUUCUUUUGAUGAGUAACUUUUCAUUAGCCCCUUCAAUCCUAACAGUGCCGUUUACCUCCUUUUUGAACAACUCUGGCCAUCAAUGAAGCACAGAUUGUUUGCCACUGAUGCCAAUCGUGCUUUCCAUUCACUGGAUCAGCCAAACAUUUUUUUCACUUCUCCUAUCUUGGUCACCCCUAUAUCCAUUAGGAAUCUUUCCUCCCCUAUUCAUGGUAAACAAUCUGUUCGUCCCUCUACUUAUCUACUUGCCAAACCUACUGCAGCUAAGAGUGCCCCAAGCCGCAAAUGGCUAGCUUCAGCAUUUCCCAUUUUGGAGGAUGAUGAUGAUGAUGACGAUGACACUCUCAUUGUCAGGAGAAAGAAAAGUUCGGCCUCUCCUUUGAAGGCUUUGGUGUUGGCAGCUCCUGUUCCAUCAUCCUUUGCUGGAGCUGAUUCGUCCAAACUAGUUGAUGAAGGGACUACGCUUAAAGAGAAACCUUCAGUCCUGGAACUUUCAUCACAACCAAUAGACGAGCCACCUUCUUCCCAGGGCGCCGACCCCCCAAACGUCGAACCAGAAGAGGCUCCUAUGGGUCUGCUCGUUGUGGCAGAGUCUUCUCGUCCAGACAAGGGGGAGUCUCCACAGGUAGUGGGGCCACAAGUGGUGGAGCCAAUUGGUGAUAUGUCACCUUGCAAAAUUGCUGAUGAGAUGUUGAUGAGAUCGUGCGUUCCAUCCGGGAUUUGUUCAAUUCCUGGGGGCAAGUCAAGAUGUCUCGCCCUACUUCAACCGGUCGUCCUUCUGCUUUUUCAAAGGAAGAUAUGAAGUUCCUCAAGUAGUCGAUAUUUGAGUAUGUAUCUUUUAUGGACAUGGACAUCGGUCAAGCUAGUGCUGCCAAACAUAAGGAUAAGCUUGAGCAUUUGAGUGCGAAGUUGGCGCAAGCACUGACACUUCCGUCACUCAAUAUUUUUGCUGAUUUUAAAAUGACAUUGAAAGUUGUCCAUUCUGACAUCCUCCCUUUACAGGUCAAAAAUGUUGAACUGAAGGCCAAGAGUACUCAAUAUCUUCGCACUGCAUCUGAAAGAGAGUCUUUUCUUUUGGAGAUCAACAAAGCUGAGGACGAAUGAAAGAAAUCUCUUCUGAAGUUAUGAUUGAAGACUCUUUGAUGACCUGUUUGGCUGCACAGAUGAAGGAGCUUCAAGCAAGGAUGGAUGACUGUAAGGCAAGAAUGGUUGCUAAAAAGCGUAAUGCUUCUCAAGGAAUUGAGCGAACCAAGUCUUUGGUCGAGCAGUACAAGAAGCUGGAGGUUGAUGAUGAUUUUGUAGCUGAAUUGAAUGUCACUUCUUCUCAGCAGAGCGAGGAUUGGGGGAAACUUAGGGAAAGAAUUCGCUCGGUCUGGGGCGAAUUGUAAUUAAGACAUCUAAUGCCCUAACUUUUCUUUUUGUAACUUCGUAUUAACUUUCCUCUUGUAACCUCAUACUGAUAGUCAUUGCCAAUUUUGAAUAUAACAGCAGACAUUGUCAUUAAUGAACAACUAAUUUGUCU